AUGACAACAAAAAAAGUUGAUAAUUGUUUGAGACGAGCAAAAAAAGGCGAUACAUUAUAUAUGCAAUAUACAGGUGUUUUAAAAUCAAAUGGAGAAAAAUUUGAUUCAUCAUAUGAUCGUGGUCAUCCAUUUGUUUUUAAAAUAGGUUAUGGACAAGCUAUUCAAGGAUGGGAUCAAGGUUUACUUGAUAUAUGUGAAGGUGAAGAAAGAAAAUUAAUAAUUCCUCCAUCAUAUGCAUAUGGAGAUGUUGGAGCUGGUGAUGCAAUUCCACCAAAAGCAACACUUCUUAUGGAUGUUAGUUGUGACAAAAUUGAAAGAGAUGAAUAA